GAAGAGCAAAGCGGCCGUUCCGCGGCGGUACCGCGGCCGCCGUCGCGUGCGCGGACGCGUUUCGCCGCUCCUAGGGUUGCUCCGGAGUGAGUGGUCGGCUCGGCCAUAUUCGGCCGCGCUCGGCAAUCUCCGUCGAUCUCUGCGGGGGCAGAGGCCUCCUUCUCUCUCGCGCAGUCUCUACAGUGUUCACACUCUCGCGUAGGCGAACGGCGGCGCACGCACCUGACGUCUCGUCUCGUCGUUCUCUCGUGUCCUAAGAGAGAGAGAGAUUUCGUUGUCGAGUAUUACGCGUCGGAGUAGUAAAGUAAGCUCGCGCGCGAGCUACGGAUCCGGAUUUUCCUUCGGAUUUAUCUCGUGUGUCGUUGUGACGUGACAAUCGUACGCGCCACCUGCUCUGGAUCCGCGCCACCCUCUUGCUACCCACCCCCGAACAUCAUCAUCGCUGCCGCGGCUGCCUCCCGCCGCCCUCGACGCUUUUCGCUUCUCGACGUGAACGGAUGUCCGAGGUUUCGGGCGACAAGUAUCCCGCGGCGAGGAGAGCCACGUCCUCCGGGAAGCCGGUGAGAGAAGCACCGACUUCGUUCGUCGACGUCGUCACCGUCGAUCGUUCGCGCCGCCAGUUUCGAGAAGACGACGACGACGACUGCUUCGAAUUUUGGCGCGAGUGCACCGGCGAGCGUGACGUCGCGUGAACGCCGCCGUCGGUCGCGCCCGAUAGAUCAAAGCAAGUGCGCGUCCACGUGACUAUCGACGUGAAUGCGUUCGUUCUCCCGGGGCGAAACGCGUCAAAUUUGUCCUCAGAUUCCUCGUGUCCGCCGCGAACGUUACGUGUCUCACGCUUCGAUCGUCGCCGCGAUACUCCAGCACGCCCAGAAGAACGCGGUCUGGAUUCCCGUCUCAGGAUACUGCUACUCGCCGCGAUCUUCUCGCUCAUGAUCGAGCUUGUCCGCACGUGACAAAGGACGAACGUGCGAGGUCGUCGUCAACGACGACGACGACGACGACGACGACGACGACGACGACGACGACGACAACGACAACGACGACGAAGACGGGAACUUGGAAUCAUCGUGGAGUUUACAAGUGUGACGUGCCUCACGCGGCUGACAACGUCCGCAAUCGGACCGAAGUUGAAUCGUCAACGGUGUUCGCGAGCAACAAUCGAAGUUCUGUCGGGAGUAAGAAGAAGCAAAGUUGAAACGGGAUCGACGUCGUCACAGUCGUCUGCGAAGUUUCCUCCGAUCGAAGGCAAAAAGCGCAGUUGAGGAUUCACCGGCGCUCCGAGAGUCGACGACAACGACGACAACGACGACUGUGUGAUAAGUGAAACUCGACGUGAACUCGAGAAGCGAAUGCGAACGAACGGUAUUUGUGCGCGACUGUUCGGCUCGCGGUCAAUCAGUCGACGUGAUUAAGACGGAAGUGCAUCCUCCGUCGCAUGGGCGUCUUCAUUUACUCCCCCGACGGCAGAACGGGUAUCCGCGAGUGUUUACGUUUUUGUGAGGGUCGCGACAAGGUGACGAUGAGGCUUUAACAACCGCUAGCCUCGACGGGACUCGAAGUAUGUUACUGUCGACUGUCACGAGGCCGUCGAUGACCAGAAGACAGAAAGUUCUCCGAAAAGAGGAACUUCGCAAUAUCAAGACGGUUCGCUGAUACGGUAACGGACGCCGACUUUUUUUCGGAGCAGUCGCCGCGUCGUGUUUGUGUUGUCGCGAAGGAGAAAAAGUGUCCUCGCGAGGCCCAAUGUGUUGUUGUUACGUACGCUAGAUGAAAGGUGACCCAUCAUUGUGAGACAGACAGACAAAGAACGUGAGAAAGGGAGGGACUUUUCCGUCAUUUUCUCCUCGACAGUGCGCGAGCUGCCGCUGUUCGUCGUUCGCGCGUUUUAAUUCGCCAGAGAUUCUUUCGCGUCGCGCGCGCGUGUGUAUGUGUGUGUGUCAGUGUUGUGAGCAGCUGAGGAUCCAGUCAUCAACCAUGAGAGUCUCCGAAGUGAUACCGGCGCUUGGGAUGAAGUUCUUCCUGCUCGUCGCUGCCUGCCUGAUGUCGGCCGUAAAAGGCGACGUCGGACAAUAUUUCCGGGUUAGGCCGAGCAACAGCUCCGUCCUGGAGGGCGGCGAGGUGGUAAUUCCCUGCGAGGUGGGCAACAGAGCCGGCAUCGUGCAAUGGGUCAAAGACGGAUUUGUCUACGUCAUAGACUCGAACGGCGAAAUCGUGGGCCAUCCCAGGCUGAGCCUGGUCGGCGAUCAGAACGCCGGGAUCUUCAACCUGAGGAUCACCGACGCGUCCUUGACCGACGACGGAGAGUACCAGUGCCAGGUCGGCCGCUUCAGGCGGAUCACAGCGAUCCGCGCCAGCGCUCAUCUCGUCGUCACCUCACCCCCGCGCAAGGUGGAGAUCAGCAGUCACCCGAACAAGAAGAAGAUCGAGAUGAAGGUGGGCGAGUCGCGGCGGCUCGAGUGCAUCGUCCGUUCCGCCAAGCCGGCCGCUUCGAUCAUUUGGUAUCGCGGCAACGUGCAGAUCAAGGGCGGCGACACCACUAUCAGCGCAAUCUCCAUUCAGGGUGACAAGGAGACGGGGAAGCCCGGGGAGAAGUCCAAGGAGCUGCUCAAGUACGACACUCACGGUUCCAUCACCAUCACGCCUACGGCGGACGAUAAUGAGAUGGAUUACACCUGCGAGGCCAACCACCCGGCGAUCCCGAUAGACAAGCCCAUGCGGGCCACCAUUAAGCUCUCCGUUUUCUAUCCACCCGGGCCGCCGUACAUAGAAGGCUACACCGAGGGCGAGACCGUGCAGCGCGGGCAGAACGUGGAGCUCGCCUGUCGAUCACGCGGUGGAAAUCCGCCGGCGCAAAUUAUCUGGUUCAGGAACGACGAGCAGAUCUCGCGCAGCUACCGCACCGAGGGCGGCGCGUCCGAGAACGUGCUCUCGUUCACGGCCAGGGCGCAGGACGAGAAGGCCCGCUACAGAUGCGAGGUCUCCAACAUCAUGAGCGUGCAGCCCAUGAAGGUGCACGUCGAUCUCACCGUGCUCUUCGCGCCCGCCGGAGUGACCAUCACCGGGCCGACGGAGGCCAAGGCGGACGACCAGGUGCUCAUCACUUGCACGACGGAGAACUCGAAUCCGCCGGCGGACAUAAAGUGGACGGUGGACGGACAUAAUUUCGAGAGCAACGCCUCGAAGACAGAGCCGGCGCCGAACGGCGGCUGGAUCACCAGCUCGAACGUGACGUUCAGCAUUAAUCGCAAGAGCCGCAGCAUCGUCGUCAUCUGCCACGCUUCCAACGUGAAGCUCACGGAGAACGUGGUCGGCACGCACACCAUCAACGUGAUAUAUCCACCCUCGAAACUAAUCGUUACCGGAUACGAGGAGGGCACGACGAUCUCCGCCGGGACGGUGCUGAGGCUCAUGUGCACCGCCACGGCGGGUAAUCCACUGGCCACGUUAACGUGGUACAAGAACGAUCGCAAGGUCCAGGGUACGGUGAGGACGCGGAAUCACGCGGUCUCCAGCGAGCUGCCGAUACUCGUCAACGCCUCCGACAACAACGCCCACGUGCGAUGCGAGGCGACGAAUUCAGCCAUGGAGAUCCCCCUGCUCAAAGUUCUCGUGUUGAAAGUCAACUUCCCGCCCGAAAGGGUGAAGAUUAACCGCGAGCCUCAGGACUUCCACGCCGGCCAGGAGGGACGUAUAAUCUGCGAAUCGAGCAGCAGCAAUCCCGCCGCCGAGAUGUCGUGGUGGAAGAACGGAAUACCGGUACCCGGCACGAGAAACGGCACCAAGCCCGGAUUACACGGCGGUUUCCUCUCGUUCGUCGAGCUCACGUUGGACUUGACCGAGGAAAUGAACGGCGAGGUGUACACCUGCGAGGCCAAGAAUACAGAAUUGGGGAGAUCCAUCCACGACGCUACCACGCUGGACGUGCUCUACAAGCCGAUAUUCUCGCCGCUGGAUCCGUACGAGCUGACCGGGCUGGAGGGCGAGCCCUUUGUGAUUUCCGUAUCGGCAAGGGGCAAUCCCAACACGACGGAGUACACGUGGACGAGGGAUGGUUUACCGCUCGGCAGCGGCAGCGGUAAGAGAAUUACCGCGCACGGCUCCACGCUGAAUAUCACGAGGCUGGAUCGUCAUGACGCCGGCACGUACAUAUGCGAGGCGCUUAACAAGGAGGGCACCACUUUUUACCAGCUGAACCUCACGGUGCAGUAUCCGGCCAAGAUCAAGCGGACCUCGUCGUCGGGGAUAGUUUAUCCGCCCGGUAUCGAGGCGAAGCUGUUCUGCGAGGUGGACGGCAGCCCGAUCGGCGACGAGUACGUCACCUGGCAAAAGGUGGGCUCGAAUCCGGAAUUACCGGGCCGUUACUCGACGUCCUUCGUCAACCGCACGUCGUACCUUCACAUAGAGGACCCCAGCCAAGAGGAUGUCGGCGAGUAUCGCUGCAAGGUCAACAACGGCAUCGGCAACGUCACGUCGGAUCCCAUUCUCUUCAUCACGAACUUUAAACCGGAAAUGACGAACACCCCGCUGACGCGGAAGGCAGCCGCGAACAAAGGAAUAAACGUCGAUUUGCACUGUAAAGCGCGAGGAUCUCCAUUGCCACGCUUCACUUGGAUCUUCAACGGGAAAACUUUAUUGCCGAACGCAACCGAGAAUAAAUACAGUAUCACUCACAGCGACAUGUCCGAGCUGUCCUCGGAGACGAUGCUGACCAUCAACCACGUGAGGUCGCAAGACUACGGAAAGUAUCAGUGUCGCGCGCAGAACAAGAUGGGCUACUCCAUAGACGACAUACACCUGGACGUGACGUCGUCGCCGGACAAGCCGAGCGACCUGGAGGUCUACAACGUCACCCACGACUCGGUCACGAUAAUCUGGAAACGCGGCUUCGACGGCGGCCUGCCGACGUCCCAUCAAAUACGCUGGAGACAGGCGCUGGAUUACGAGGAUCGCUACCACUACCUCGACAUCUCGCCCGGCGACUAUAAGGCCACGAUAUCCGGCCUGUCUCUCGGGACUUAUUACGUGUUUAGCGUGAAAGCUAUCAACGAGAAGGGGGACAGCGGCUUCUUGCCGGACCUCCUCAAAGUCCAGACGCUCCGCGAGGCGCCACCAACCGAGUUGACAUCAAGCGAGAAUAGUUCCUCCUACAUCAUCGUCAUUAUCAUCACUGUUUCUGCCUCUGCUUGCCUACUCAUUGCCGCGCCCAUAGUCUUUGCUACAAUAAAGUCGAGAAAGAAGGCCCAGCGUGCUGGUAAAUAUGAUUAUCAUGUGUCCUUUUUCUCCUUUAUUUUCCUAGGACCGAAUAAAGAGGAAAAUCUGCAGGACGUCCUGUUGGAAAAGGGCGACUUUCCGAUGAAUUAUGUCUAUACGUUCGCAGCGACUUCCGUCAUCUUUUUUAUCGUUAAUGUCUUCAUCAUGUUGUGGUACAUAGUACGAAAGCGAAGUAAAGCUCGCAUUAAUAAGUCGCAGACUGCGGACAUGUACGCACCGUCCACCGUCAACGGCGACACCAUGACCGGUGAAUUAAGUUCGAUGUCGGACGAGAAGAGCGACGUUAACUUCGACGCUAACGAUUACGUGGACGAGGGACGCAAAACCGCAGCUAGCACGUAUUUAAUAGAUCAAACUAUGCAGGAUUUCGGGAAAGGUGGUUUAGAGAUGCAGGUGCAUCAGGGCACCCUCGGCCGUCGCAGCAAUCACAUGCAGACGUCGAUGAACAUGGACUCGCCGCCGCAGCGAACCACCGCCAGCGGGACUCUUUCGGUGUCGAAGUCGAGUUACAUCGGCAACCCGAGCCCGGCGCCGCCUAACGACGUGAGCUUCUACAGCGUGGAGAUGGACAACGGCCGCUACAUGGGCUACGACGGCAACCCGAGUCCGGCGCCGCCCUCCAUCGGGGACCCGACCGGUGGGCCUUACUACCCCUCGUCCAUGGGCUCGACCGGUCACAUAAUGGGUCACGUGGCGGGUAGCACCGGCACGCUGACGCGCACCAGGACGCUGCCGCGCCCGGUGCCGCCGCCGGACGUCACGGUGAUGACCGCCGGCACCAAGUCGCCGAUACCGCCGUCGGUGCCGCCUCCGCCAGCCACGUUCGCCCGCGCCGGCGGCGUGAACCCUCAUCCGCACUCGCAUCCGCAUUCGCAGCACUCGCAGCCACCGCCGCCGCCGCCGCCGUCGUGUCAGAGUCACCCGCUCUCCACGUUUGCUGCGACGCCGACGUACUCCGACAUCGACGGCCAUCUUGUCUGAGGCUCGCCAAUCUUCGGGCCCAGCUCGGUGCGCGGCAAGUACCGCGCCGUCGCUCAGGACGACCAGGAGGACCGGCCGGUCGCGAUCACGGAGAGGAGCACGCGUCUGUAAAUGACGACGAAGACGACAGUGUCGUCGCUUUGGUUCCGGUCCCCGGCAACCGGGUCGUCCUGACCGUCAUGUCGAUCGUCGUCGUCUCGCCGUAGAUGGUGAGAAGGAUGAGAACGGCGCGGCCUCGCGAGCGACGACAUGCACCGCAGCUGACGGUCCGGCACUCAUCAUGCGCCUGAACAAUCUCGAGGACUCUGUUUUGUGCGCGAGAAAGAAAGUAUGAGGAAGUGUGUAAAUAGAGAGAGAGAGAGAG